CGCAGGCUCACACCUUCUUCCGGGAGGCGCGCGGAGGCAUCCACAGCUGGACAGGACAGGACGAGAAAAGGACAAAUGUCCAGUGUGUCUCCGUGUCUCACUCACGUUAAUGCGGCCACAGUCUGUCACAUGGACGGACAGCAGAUUUCAAACCCAAACCAGAUUAAGGAUUUUGAGAGUGUGGAGCUGGGGGACGUGGACAAUCAAGAGGAGCAGCCACAGAAGGAGAAGGUUCCUCGCCGAAUCAUCCACUUCUCCAGCGGGGAGACGAUGGAGGAGUACAGCACUGACGAAGAAGACGAAGAGGACAAGGACAAACAGAGGAAGGACCUGCUGGCCUUCCCCGCUGAUGCGAUGUCCUGGGGUCCAUACUUUUGGUUCCACAUGUGGAGAGCUGCCACGUCCACAAUCUCAGCCUGUGACUACCUCGGGGAGAAGAUGGCCUCUCUCUUUGGCAUCACGUCAGCCAAGUAUCAAUACGCCAUCGAUGAAUACUACAGGAUGAAGAAGGAGAAGGAGGAAGAGGAGGAAAACCGUUUGUCAGAGGCGGAACAAUCCUCUCAACACCUACAGACGCAGAAAAGUGAGCACGAACCAACCGACAGUCAAACUGACAUGACGAAUCAGAUUGAGAAUGAAAACAAGGCGUGUUCGAGCACGAUCAGAGUUCCUGCUUUGGUCACUGUGACUUAGCUAGCACUA